AUGGGAAAACUCUCUUUGCGGCCGACUCGAAGGGAUGCAAUAGUAGCUGUCGCGGGCAUGGCAUGCAUGCUGCUCUUUUCUCGCAUGUUCGAGCUCGGCAUCCAGGAUCCCUCCUCACAUUCCUUGCACAUCCCCCCCGACACUGUGCUCGCCAACCAGCAGCAUCUGGCACCCUCGAGGCCCAGUUACAGACACCAGGUCGUACCGCAAGACGAUGUUACACCCAAGCCCGCACCCAUCCCCAUUCUUCCAAAACACGCUUCUCAUGACGUGAUACACAAUCCCAUACAACACACCACUCCUUCGAUUCUUAAAACACAGUCCUGGCCAGACUUCUCUUCCGGCUUACCUCACACCAAACUUCUCAAACAUGGCGCAGGUUGGACGGUCUUUGAAAAUAUCUACAUGUCCAAUGGGACAAUGUACAUCAUAACAGACAACCCUUCCGCCUGGCCCCAGCGAAGAAUGAUGAUUGAUACGGGCAUCACUGCUCUCAACACUCCAGAGAACAUUGCUGCUCGCGAGCCAACCGAGUACGACCUCGAUUGGAUUACCCCUAAAGAAGCAGAAGCACGCUGGGGAAGCGAGUUUGGGCUGUGUCAGACUUUACGGUCUUGUACUGGGACCCCCUUCAUUGUCAACCACUACUAUCACUUUGCAGCAGAGCUGCUUAUGGGAACUUGGCGCAUGCUUGCUUCUUUCGACCCAUUUAUCAACGUGCACGGAGAAUACACUAAGAUUCCUACACCUGCACGUGCUGUUUUUCCUCAUGUGGAGCCUAAAGUGUGGCGCGACGGUCCAUCGUUUAACCAAUUCUUCCUUCAUGCUGUAUGGCCCGGCAUCGGAAUGGAAUUUAGUGAUGCUUGGGAGGACCGGGUUAAGCUUACAAGGUCAUCCGACCCCUCGGAUCCUAACAACAAAGCACCUCAUGCCUUCUUAUACGAGAAAGUCUUGCUUGCCGAUCGCUCGGCGUCUUUCCGAGGCGCACAUUGCUCCAUAAACGCUCGCACAGUCUCGGAGGCCAUCGAAGCCACUCGUGCUGAUCUCGAGGAUGGUCCAGGAGACGACAAGGGCAAAUGGUGGUGGGAGCCUCUCAGGCGUAGGAUCUUGAAAAUCUCCAGUGUCGAUCAAGCUAUCCAAGAUAUAAGCUUGCGGGAAACCGACUGUCCAUAUCACCUACAUCUCUCGACAAACCGCUCGCAUCGUAAACUCAUCAAAGAGGAUCACGACGGUCUUGUUACUGUACUCAAGGAACUCGUAGCCCGAAAGAACGCACUUCCACCCUCCCCUCAGAACCGUCGUUGGCGUUUAGAGAUUGUCGAAGCCGAGCAUAUUUCGCGAGAGGAGCAAGUUAGGAUUGCCGCGCGGACGACUGUUAUGCUUGGAGUACACGGCAAUGGGCUGACCCACUUGAUUAUGAUGCCCAUCACUCCACUUUCCACUGUGAUCGAGUUAUUUUAUCCGGGUGGAUUCGCAAGGGAUUAUCAGUGGACAGUACGGCCCUUGGAAUGCGGCAUUAUGGUGUUCAUAACAAUACCGCUUUCACCGAGCCGUCGCUCCCUCUCGUCCAAUACCCCGAAGGUUUCCAGGGUAACGAGAUCCCCGUUCAUGGACCGUUCAUCGCCGACCUUGAUUGAGGAACGAAUUGAUGGGGUCGCAGUCAAGUUGUAA